UUACCAUACGGCGGCGGCGGCGGCAACCUGCAGGCUAGUCGUCACACUGCCAACCACAAUGAAAGCUUCUUUAUCAUCCCUACUUGGGGUUUCUUUUUAGUUGAAUUAAUCUUUUAAGAUGUCCAAAUAAACACAUUUUAAUUCAUGCUCAUAAUCAUUUACGGAAUCACCAGCUAACAACUCGUCAAAACGAUACAAGAGCCAGCGUCAUGUCUCAGGAAAUUCACCAAGCAGUAACCACGUCCACCGACUCAAGCCCAAAUAAAGAUGCAGUCCCAAAGGCCAACGCCGCUGGCAAGACCCCAAUUCAGAUUCUUCAUGAGUACGGCGCCAAGCAUGGCAAAGUCCCUGUCUACAUGCUGGAGAAAGCCGAAGGCGAGGCCCACCAGCCCAGCUUUGUGUUCAGCGUAACCGUCGGAGAUGUCUACUGCACAGGUGAAGGUCCCAGUAAAAAGACAGCCAAACACAUGGCUGCUGAGGAUGCGCUGCGUAUCCUAGAGAUUGACAUGGCAGCCUUGAACCUCCAAGUGAAAGCCGAGAGUAACGGUGUUGGAGCAGAAUUAUGCGGACACCCCAACUCAGUGGGCAUACUGCAGGAGCUGUCCUUGCAAAGAGGUUGGCGUCUUCCUGAGUACACGUUGCUAUCGGAGACCGGUCCGCCGCAUGACCGAGAAUUCACCACCAGCUGUGCAAUAGAGUCCCUGUCAGAGACGGCUACUGCAUGCUCCAAAAAAGCGGCAAAGAAGGCAGCUGCCGAGAAGAUGGUGGCUAAGCUUCAGAGUCUGUCAGGAUCUUCUCUCAUCACAUGGACACCAAAGCCCAGGGUGCGAUUCGACAAUCUGAAGAGCUCGUCGGCCGAGAAGAUUUCCUCCCUGAGGAGGAACCCGCUGAGUAUUCCCAACACGGACUACAUUGAGCUGAUGGCCGAGCUGUCCAAAGAGCAAAACUUUGACGUCUCCUAUUUAGACAUCGAUGAGUUGACAGCUAACGGUCAGUACCAGUGCCUGGUGGAGCUGUCCACCUCCCCCGUCACCAUUUACCACGGCACGGGCAUUUCUCGCAUUAAUGCGCACAACGCCGCCGCCCACAGCGCACUUCAGUAUAUCAAGAUCAUGGCCUCCACCAAGUAAUCCCCACAAACUGCACUGAAAGUUACAUAUUUAACACAGACAAAUCGUAACUAAAACACAUCUCUUAUCCAGCUGUAGUACCAGAAAUGUUGAUUGCACUAAAACUUCAGUUAUAAAAAAAAAAAAAAAAAAUAGCAGCAAUAUGUUCAGAGUGACAAAAUGUACACACAACGCACUUACCCAUUUCCACUGCAACCAUGUGUCAAAUCAGAAAAUAAAAUAACGGAAACAA